UGAAAAUCCCCCCUUUUCGCCUCUGUUUCCACAGUGACAAGAACCACCUGCAUUUCGGGGCCAUCACCUGCGCCAUGGGGAUCCGUUACAAAUCCUAUUGCUCCAACCUGGUGCGGACCCUCAUGGUGGACCCCCCCCAGGAGAUGCAGGAGCACUACGGCUUCCUGCUGCAGCUGCAGGACGAGAUGCUGAGGCACAUGAAACACGGGACGCGGCUGUGCGAGGUUUACAGCGCCGUCAUGGAGGCCGUGAGGAAGCAGAAGCCGGAGCUGCUGGGAAAAGUCACCAAAAAUUUGGGGUUCGCAAUGGGCAUCGAGUUCCGCGAGGGCUCCCUGGUCAUCAACAGCAAGAACCAGCACCGCCUCAAGAAGGGGAUGGUGUUCAGCGUCAACGUGGGGCUGUCGGAGCUGAGCUGCAGGGAGGGGCGGCCGUACGCCAUCUUCAUUGGGGACACCGUGCUGGUGGAGGAGGACGGCCCCGCGGUGCUGCUGACGGCGGUGAAGAAGAAGGUGAAAAACGUCGGGAUUUUCCUCAAGGUCGGAGCCGAAUUUGGGGCGAAAAAAGGGCGAAUUUGGAAAUAUGGGUAG